CCAUGGAGGACCCCGAGUCCGCGGAGACCGCAGCACCGCCAGGGCUGAGCUCGCUGCUUCCCCCCCGGGAGUUCCUGCGCUCCCGCAAGGGGCAGCUGCUGCUCGCAGAGUCGGUGCUGUCAUUUAUCAUCUUUAUCUGCUAUAUUGCAUCUCUAGCAGCUUCUUUCAUGAUGGCACCACUCCUAGAGUUUCUGCUGGCACUGUUUCUUUUUUUUGCCUACGCCUCCAAGCUUAAUGAGAAGUUUAAAGGAGUCCACUGGCCUUUGGCGGAUUUCUUGCGCUGUGUCACCGCUGCCAUCAUUUAUUUUGCCAUUUCAAUUGCUGCUGUCUCAAAAUACAGCGAUGGAGCAUCGAAAGCAGCAGGGGUGUUUGGGUUUGCAGCCACCAUUGUGUUUGCCGUUGAUUUCUACAUCACCUUCAAUGACCUGGUCACUUUCCUCAAGCAAGGCAGCUCCGAUUCCCCCGAGGGGCACAAGACAGAAGAUGAGGACUCCGACUCUGACUCAGACUGAAGAACCAAACACCAACCAAGCGUGAAGGGAAGAUGAUCAAGCACUUUCCUCUUUGCUGAAUGCACUGCCAAUUGAAAUAUUCCCUCAUUUCAGCCCCUUUCCACUUCACUGUUAAUGGAAUCACCAGAGCCCAGACAGGGCAGUGAUGUGGAAAAGGAGACUGCUCCCAGUGCCAUUGAACACUCCUUGGCAACUACAGAUCCUACAGCAGAUCUGUCCAAACAACACAGCUCAAUUCUCUGUUGCCCCUCCCCACCCAGCACAUCCCUGUCCCAAGUGGGAACAGCAUUUUUAACAUUUACAGCUUUUAAUGUGCUUUCAUCAUUCCAAACCUUUAACACUUAGAGCUUUUAUACUUCUUGACAUGCCAAAGAGGAGAGGUUUGGAUGCCUGUUUUUAUUUUUCUUGAUUAACUAACAGUAUUUCUUUAUCCUGUUUGAAUACUCCAAGCACUGAAGGCAAGGAGUGCUGUUAUCAAUACCUUUGUAUCUCCUGUCUAUCUGUGACAAGGAAAAGUGACAACUGGAAAUCUGCAGCAAGAGCAAACCUCAAAGUAUAAUGGUGCUGCAGGGCAGCUGGCUCAUAAAACCCUCAGUAUCCCUUGUUUAAAGCUGCUUGGAUGGAGUCACAUCCCCUCUACUGCAGUUUCACCACAGGAUGGGGUGGAGCAGGUGAGGCAGCUCUGGCAGCCCUGUCCUGUUGUUGUGGAAGCCCUGGGAAGGCAGGCUUGGCAAAUGCCUCCCAGCAGGGCCUGCCUGGUGACACCUGCAGCUGUUUGUGCCCCAGGCACCUGUGCUGAUGUCCUGCUCUGGGCCAUGGCCACUGCUGCUGCCACACUGAAUGCACCCAGGCCCCAGGAGGGCAGUGCCCCCUCCCCACUGUGAAAAGGCCAAGAAACAGCCCCAAACUACAGAAUGUCUGCAAUGAAUUCAUCUCCCCAGCCCCCUUUUUCAGUGGGGCUGGGUGGGGUGGGUUGGUUGGUUUUUCU